UGUGGCUAGUUUUAAAACUGUGUAAUUUUCGUUCAUGAGUCCCGGACCUUCUCAAAGCUUCCUCUACCACUAAAGUUCUCCAACUCAAAACAAUUCUUCGAUCACUGAAGCAAAAGCUCUUACAACAGGAGAAAUUGAGUCACUCAUUCAAUUUUGCUCAUUUGUUGAAAUCGGUUAAGAUACAGAGAGAUCACAUAGUUCUGAAUCACAUGCGGCGUUUUCUUGCUCUUAUAGACAAGCUCAAACCGAUCUUCCCGGUUUCAGGAUCAAACGGUAAAGUGGUGAGAACCAUAGUACCAAAGAAGCUUGUGAACGAGAACAAUAGCGAAAGAGAAACAAUGAAGAAGAUCGAGGAAACCGUAGAGCCAAUGAUUGCCUUCAGCAGACCACCUCCAUUUUCACCAUUUGUUGGUCCAGUGCUCAUAUAUUCCCUUCUUCAAUCAUGGUCUAGCCGCGACGAAGACGGCUAGUUGCAGCUUGAAAUAUAUAUAUCAUGAGAUGUCUGCCAAAGUUUUCUUAACUAGAAUCUCUUAAAUCUAGAUAAUAACUGAGUCUUUAACAUAACCUUGUGCGAUAUUUAAUGGAGAUAAUGAAGUUUGAUGAUGUUAA